AUGUGGUCUUCACUUCCUACAGAGAUGAAAUUGGCUGUCGUCGAGGUUCUUGAUUCGGACGAUGUCAAAAGUCUUUCACAAGUGGACCGCGAUACAUAUACUGCGUGUUUGCCAUCUUCAUUCAAGAAUGUCAAGUUGAACAACCUGCAAGCUUUGCAAAGCUUUGUGGACAACGUACCUCGCAGCUACUGCCGAUAUGUACAUUAUCUUGAUCUCUGCACGGAAAGCAAUGCCCGUAGUUCAGAUCCUCGCUCUAUCACAGAGGUUGUAAUCUCAAUCCUGGCAGCUAGUCCUUGCCUUGAGGAACUCGUCCUGCGCACAGGAGGAUCACUCCAUCAUAGUAUCAUCUCCUGCUUUGGACAUCUUAGCAAGCUGGAACGUCUUUCCAUUCACAACAGUGGUCCAGAAGACCUCAAGCCUUUGAGCGAACGUCUUGUCGUCGCUAUUGCUGCUUCUGUUCCAAAUCUCAAACGAUUAUCCUUAGAUCGGGUAUCGCGCUCUCUUAUGCAUGCACCCGAGCUCCAUGGCGUCCCUCCAUAUAUCCCUUUGGUUUCUGGAGAUGAUAACAUUCCUGAUCAUCCUCGUUUGGGCGCGGAUUUGUAUCUCCCUUCGCUCCUCCAAUUGCCCACUCUCCGAGAACUUGUCAUUAGAGACACUCAUCUGGGCGAUCGCCGAUGGGCUACAGUCCCUGUCAAAUGCAAAUUACAAGUCGUUGACCUCGGCAGUUGUUUUCACGAGAACGAGGAUUUCAAUAGCAUAUGCAUUCAGCGUAUUAUGGGCGCUGUUGGCAAGACUGUCGAUGAAUUUUCAUUGACAACUACCGUUUCCGAUAUUGUCUUCGCCAAACCUUCAGUCACUCCUCUCCAACGUCUUCGGAAACUACAUAUAUCCCCCUUUUUUCCUGUUGACAGCGUUGUUGACACCAUCACCAACCUUGCUGGGUCGCCGAUUGAGAAUCUUUCUAUGCAAUGUUACGAGGAUGACGUGGUGGAUGUCUGUGUAGCGCUUGAGGAAUUCCUCAAUCGACGCGUGGAACGCGGCGUGGGGUUUUACGAAAAACUUGCAAGAAUUGACGUUUCUGUCACUUCUAACGAUGCCCUUAGUCCACUGGGUCCCGACGAGGUCGCAGAAUGCAAGGAGGCAGAGCAACGCUUGAAGGAGCUGUGCCGCGAUCUCCGCCUUGCUUCUCGAUUCAGUAGAACGAUUCCUCCUUCGGCAGCUUCACGUCUUGCUCGAUCUUCUGGCCUUGUCAUGACUAGAUUGCCUGCCCCUGGUGAUGGACGAGUCAGAUCCAUGACGCUCUAA